AUGGCCGCGAGAUUGUCACUCACCUCACGCAGCUGCCACACGCUACGACAACUUCACUUCCUCGGCACCUCGAAUCGAUUACUAUCGACAAGCUCACGCUCACGCUCGUCUUUGCGACUUCCUCAAAUUAUCGGAAAUUCAGCGCUCCUGACCCCGUUGGCGAGAACGACUCUAGCUCUCCCAGUGCGUCAUUAUGCAAAGGGACGACCACAUCCCCCGGGUGGGACCCAUCGUAUGGAUAUGAGUGGAGAGCCCGAGAAGUCAGCUUUGGAACAAUACGGUGUGGAUUUGACGGAGAAAGCGAAAGCCGGCAAGCUGGAUCCUGUCAUCGGCAGAGAUGCUGAGAUCCAUCGAACCAUUCAAGUGCUAUCUCGCCGCACUAAGAAUAAUCCUGUCCUGAUUGGUGCGGCUGGUACCGGUAAAACCGCGGUAUUAGAGGGCCUAGCACAACGCAUCGUGCAGGGAGAUGUGCCUGAAAGCAUCAAGAACAAGCGAGUAAUCUCCCUGGACCUAGGCGCCCUCAUUGCGGGUGCCAAGUUCCGCGGAGAUUUCGAGGAACGGCUGAAGGCCGUUCUGAAAGAAGUCGAGGACGCCGAAGGCAAAGUAAUUCUCUUCAUCGACGAGCUUCAUACUCUUCUCGGAUUGGGCAAGGCAGAGGGUAGUAUCGACGCCAGCAAUCUACUCAAGCCGGCUCUCUCUCGAGGGGAGCUCCAAUGCUGCGGUGCCACUACCUUGAAUGAAUACCGGUUGAUCGAGAAGGACGUCGCUCUGGCCCGUCGAUUUCAACCAAUUCAAGUCGGUGAACCUUCCGUGGCCUCGACAAUCUCGAUCCUUCGCGGUAUCAAAAACAAAUAUGAAGUCCAUCAUGGUGUUCGAAUUACCGACGGGGCUCUUGUUGCUGCGGCCACCUAUAGCAACCGUUACAUCACCGAUCGCUUCUUGCCUGACAAAGCCAUUGACUUGGUCGACGAGGCGGCAUCCGCCCUCCGCCUCCAGCAAGAAUCAAAACCAGACCCUAUCCGAGAGCUCGAGCGGGACAUAACCACUAUCCAGAUUGAACUCGAGUCUCUUCGCAAAGAAACCGAUGUGAGCAGUCGCGAACGACGUGACCAGCUCCAGGAAGAUUUGAAAGCCAAGCAAGAGGAAGCUGGCAAGUUGACCGAAGUUUGGGAAAAGGAAAAAGCCGAAAUCGAUACUAUCAAGCGUACGAAGGAAGAAUUGGAACGUGCCAGAUUUGAGCUGGAACAAGCACAGCGUGAAGGCAACUUCGCCAAGGCCGGAGAGUUGAGAUACUCCAAGAUCCCUGAGCUCGAAGCCAAGUUGCCCAAGGAAGGGGUGGAGCAGGAUGCUGACAAGCAGAGCCUGAUUCACGAUUCCGUAACCGCUGAUGAUAUCGGCAAUGUCGUUUCUCGAACCACUGGAAUACCCGUGACCAAGCUAAUGGCUGGAGAGGUUGAAAAGCUGAUUCACAUGGAAGACACCCUCCGAAGAUCCGUCCGCGGGCAAGACGAGGCACUAUCCGCCGUUGCCAAUGCGGUGCGCAUGCAGAGAGCCGGUCUCAGUGGCGAAAAUCGUCCCCUGGCAUCCUUCAUGUUCCUUGGGCCUACUGGAGUAGGUAAGACUGAACUCUGCAAGAAAAUGGCCGAGUUCCUAUUCUCUACCGAGACCGCAGUGGUUCGAUUCGACAUGAGUGAGUUCCAAGAGAAACACACCAUUAGUCGUCUGAUUGGAUCUCCAGCUGGCUACGUUGGCUAUGACGACGCCGGCCAGCUCACGGAAGCAGUGCGGCGGAAGCCAUAUGCCGUGCUUCUUUUUGAUGAAUUCGAGAAGGCGCACCGGGAUAUCUCAGCUUUGUUACUGCAGGUCCUGGAUGAAGGCUUCCUCACCGAUGCCCAGGGACACAAAGUUGACUUCAGAAACACUCUGAUUGUCUUGACCUCGAACCUCGGUGCAGAUAUUCUUGUUGGUGCCGAUCCUUUGCAUUCAUACAAGGACAGUGGCGAGGCCGAGCUCUCGCCGGAGAUCAAGAAGGCUGUGUUGGAUGUUGUGCAGGGUGCAUACCCUCCUGAGUUCCUUAACCGCAUUGACGAGUUUAUCAUCUUCAAGCGUCUCUCUCGCGAAGCUCUGCGAGACAUUGUCGACAUCCGCAUCAAGGAACUACAGGGGCGCCUGGAUAGCCGUCGUAUGACCCUCCAGGUGGACGAUAAGAUCAAAGACUGGCUGUGUGAGAAAGGCUAUGACCCUAAAUUUGGUGCUCGACCUCUCAACCGACUAAUCGCCAAGGAGAUUGGAAACCGACUAGCUGACAGGAUUAUCCGUGGCGAGGUCACUUCGGGUCAAACUGCCCGAGUCUCUUUUAAUGACGAUAAGUCAGGUCUGCUUGUUUCAUCUGAAGGUGGCGAAGAAAAUGUAUAA